CGCUGCCCCCAUAGCGGCCGGGGCAGGGCGGCGCGGGGGCGGGUCGCCAUAGCGACAUGGCCUAGGCCGGGCUCUGCGCUCGGUCCCGGCGGGACGAGGCCGGGCCGGGUCGCGCCAUGGCCUCGGUGAAGGUGGCCGUGCGGGUGCGGCCCAUGAACCGCCGGGAGAAAGAUCUCAAUGCUAAGUUUAUUAUUUCCAUGGAGAAAAAUAAAACGACAAUCACAAACUUGAAGAUACCAGAGGGUGGUACUGGCGAUACAGGAAGAGAAAGAACUAAGACCUUUACCUAUGAUUUUUCCUAUUUCUCUGCAGACAGUAAAAGUCCCAACUUUGUUUGUCAAGAAACGGUUUUCAAAAAUCUUGGUACAGAUGUGCUUAAAUCUGCUUUUGAAGGUUAUAAUGCUUGUGUUUUUGCAUAUGGACAGACUGGAUCUGGGAAGUCCUACACCAUGAUGGGAAAUGCGGGUGAUGCUGGCUUAAUACCUCGGAUUUGUGAAGGGUUGUUCAGCAAAAUAAGUGAAAAAACAAAACGGAAUGAGGCAUCCUUUCGAACAGAAGUCAGCUAUUUGGAAAUUUAUAAUGAACGUGUGAGAGAUCUUCUCAGGAGGAAGUCAUCAAAAACGAAUAAUUUACGAAUCCGAGAGCAUCCAAAAGAGGGACCGUAUGUUGAAGAUUUGUCUAAACAUUUAGUGCAAAAUUAUGGUGAUGUAGAAGAACUUAUGGAUGCGGGAAAUAUAAACAGAACUACGGCUGCAACUGGAAUGAAUGAUGUCAGCAGCAGGUCUCAUGCCAUUUUCACAAUCAAUUUCACUCAGGCUAAAUUUGAUUCUGAAAUGCCUUGUGAGACUGUUAGCAAGAUUCACUUGGUAGAUCUUGCUGGAAGUGAGAGAGCAGAUGCCACCGGUGCCACAGGGGUUAGAUUAAAGGAAGGUGGGAAUAUUAACAAAUCUCUCGUUACUCUGGGAAAUGUCAUUUCUGCCUUAGCUGAUUUAUCUCAGGAUGCAACAAAUCCUCUUUCAAAGAAGAAACAAGUAUUUGUGCCUUACAGAGACUCUGUGUUGACUUGGCUGUUAAAAGAUAGCCUAGGAGGAAACUCUAAAACUAUAAUGAUUGCCACUAUUUCACCUGCUGAUGUCAAUUAUGGAGAAACUUUAAGUACACUUCGCUAUGCAAAUAGAGCCAAAAACAUCAUCAACAAGCCUACUAUUAAUGAAGAUCCUAACGUCAAACUGAUCCGUGAGCUGAGAGCUGAAAUAGCCCGAUUAAAAGCCCUGCUUGCUCAAGGGAAUCAGAUUGCUCUCCUGGAUUCUCCAACAGCUUUAAGUAUGGAAGAAAAGCUUCAGCAGAAUGAAGCAAGGGUACAAGAACUGACCAAAGAAUGGACAAACAAGUGGAAUGAAACCCAAAAUAUUCUGAAAGAACAAACGUUGGCUCUGAGGAAAGAAGGGAUAGGUGUUGUGUUAGAUUCUGAACUGCCUCAUUUAAUUGGCAUUGAUGAUGAUCUCCUUAGUACUGGCAUCAUCUUGUAUCACUUGAAGGAGGGUCAAACAUAUGUUGGCAGAGAAGAUGCUAUGACGGAACAGGAUAUUGUUCUUCAUGGUCUGGAUUUGGAAAGUGAGCAUUGCAUCUUUGAAAAUCUUAAUGGUACUGUGAAUCUAAUACCACUGAAUGGAGCACAGUGUUCUGUGAAUGGAAUUCAGAUUACUGAGGCCACGCACCUAAACCAAGGUGCUGUGAUAUUACUUGGAAGAACCAAUAUGUUUCGCUUUAACCAUCCCAAAGAAGCUGCUAAACUAAGGGAAAAAAGAAAGAGUGGACUGCUGUCUUCCUUCAGUUUGUCUAUGACAGAUCUUUCAAAAUCUUGUGAGAACCUAUCAGCUGUUAUGCUUUAUAAUCCUGGACUGGAAUUUGAAAGACAACAACGAGAGGAACUUGAAAAAUUAGAAAGCAAAAGGAAACAGAUAGAAGAGAUGGAGGAAAAACAAAGAUCUGACAAAGCAGAGCUUGUAAGAAUGCAACAAGAAGUAGAGUCACAGCGCAAGGAAACAGAAAUAGUACAGCUGCAAAUUCGAAAACAGGAAGAGAGUCUGAAGCGCAGAAGUGUUCACAUUGAGAGCAGGUUGAAGGAUUUGCUGGCUGAAAAAGAGAAAUUCGAAGAAGAGAGACUGAGGGAACAACAGGAGAUAGAACUUCAAAAGAAGAAGCAGCAGGAGGAAAUUUUUGCCCGUGUCAAAGAGGAAUUGCAGCGCCUACAGGAACUUAAUCAUAAAGAAAAAGCAGAGAAAAUGCAGAUAUUCCGAGAACUAGAAAAACUUAAAAAGGAAAAGGACGAACAAUAUAUGAAGCUGGAAUCAGAAAAAAAGAGAAUCGAAGAACAAGAAAGGGAGCAGAUGAUGCUUGUGGCUCAUCUAGAGGAACAGCUUCGAGAGAAGCAGGUCAUGAUACAGCUCCUCAAGAGAGGCGACGUACAAAGAGUUGAAGAAGAGAAGAGAGAUCUUGAAGAUAUCAGGGAAUCUCUUUUGAAAGUCAAAGAAGCCCGAUCUGAAGGUGAAGAAAACUGUGAAGAGUUAGAAAAAGCCCAGCAUAGCUUUAUAGAGUUUAAAAAGAAACAGCUAGAACAAUUGACUAUACUGGAAAAAGAUUUAGUUCAACAAAUGAAUCACCUAGAGAAGGAAAUAGCACAUGAAAAAGAAACUCUGGAACAUUUAAAACUUGCUGAAGAAGAACAUGUAAAUUUCAAGAAGGAUGAUGAAAACUUUGGGGAUGCUAUACUCAAGGCUGAAGAAUUUGAUGUGAUAAAGCCAGCAGAAUACAGGCUUCAAUCUAAAGUACGCCAGCUUGAGUACCUGAAGAGCAAUCAUUUGCCAGCUCUGCUGGAAGAAAAGCAAAGAGCCUCUGAAGUCCUUGAUAGAGGCUUGUUAGGAUUAGAUAAUACCCUGUAUCAAAUAGAGAAAGAAAUAGAAGAUAAAGAAGAGCAGCUUGCACAAUAUAGAGCAAGCACAAAUCAGUUGCAGCAGCUUCAAGAAACGUUUGAAUUCACAGCCAAUGUAGCUCGGCAGGAAGAAAAAGUUCGGAAGAAGGAGAAAGAAAUCCUUGAAUCAAGGGAAAAACAGCAAAGAGAGGCAUUGGAACAAGCUGUAGCUAAGUUAGAAAGAAGGCACUCUGCUUUGCAACGUCGUUCUACAAUAGACUUUGAAAUUGAAGAGCAGAAGCAGAAGCUCGCCACAUUGAACAACAGCUGCAGUGAGCAGGCUGGCCUGCAGGCGAGUCUGGAAGCUGAGCAAAAAGCCCUUGAACAAGACCGGGAGCGCCUGGACCAGGAAAUUCAGCAGCUGAAGCAAAAAAUAUAUGAGGGUGAUGCUGGUCAGAAAGGAAAUCAUGGAACAUUAGAGGAGAGACUGUCCCACAGCAAUUCCCCAUCAAGCCCAACAAAGCCUCAGCCACCCCUUGCUCCACUGGUUGAUGACAGGAUAAAUGCCUUUAUUGAACAAGAAGUGCAGAGAAGGCUCCAAAAGAUCCAUCAUAAAGCGGAGGAUAAUGAUGGUAGCCUGUUCUGGUCUACAGAAAGUUUAAAGGAUAAUGAGAGGCUUAAUAAUGGCACCAUUCAGCGCAAGUUGAAGUAUGAGCGGAUGGUCUGUCGUUCUUUGGGAGCAAAUCCAGAUGACCUAAAGGACCCAGUUAAAAUUAGUAUUCCACGCUAUGUCCUGUGUGGACAGGGAAAGGAUGAACACUAUGAGUUUGAAAUAAAGAUAACAGUCUUGGAUGAGACAUGGACAGUAUUCAGGCGAUACAGUCGUUUUCGGGAAAUGCAUAGAACUUUAAAAUUGAAGUACCCAGAGGUUGCCACUUUAGAAUUCCCUCCUAAGAAGCUCUUUGGAAACAAGGAUGAACGAGUGAUUGCAGAGCGGCGGAGUCACUUAGAGACAUACCUCAGGAGCUUUUUCACUGCAAUGCUGCAAUCUCCAUCAUCUCCGCUGCACAUUGAUAAAGUGGGGUCAACUCUGUCAAAACACACCAUCUGUGAGUUCUCACCGUUCUUCAGGAAAGGAGUUUUUGACUAUAGCAGUCACGGGACCAGCUAAUUUCUGUGCCAGAGCCCUCGUGUCAGAGGAGCACAGUCAGUGGUGCCUUCACUUCUGGGGUGUGAGAGAAAUGAAGGAGAGGAAGAAAGCAUAUCUUCUUUCAUGCCUGAAAAGCUGCAUCAAACCAACUCUACCUAAGACUGCUACGCCUUGAUGCUAGCUUUAGUUCUUUCCCACUUCUCAUAUUAGUGCCUGCGUUUUCCUGGCAUGAAGUACACAGACAAUGCUUGUGAGUUGCGCUGUUAAUACUGUACAAAAGCUCUGACACUCAUGCUGGGUUUGGAUCCACUCCUCAGUGGGAGCACUUCUUCGUGUUUGCUCAGACAAUUUGUUACGGUCUUGUGAGAUCAUCUCGUGUUCGCUGUGUUGGCGUGUCAUACUGACAGAGAGUAGUUUCUGAGCAGCCUUUCAGUUUCUGCCCAAGCUGCUCCUUAAGGAACAUUUCCUGUUUUGAUUUCUUACAGCAUAUUGUGGUAUUUAAGGUAAUGCUUAUACUCCACUGUUGUUUCUUUUUUUUUCUCCCAGAACGUAUAUUUUAAGUGUUUGUCUGUGUGAUUUAGUUUUUCUCAGAAGAUUCAAAGAGCCUGAGUGACUUGAAUGUUUACAAAACACAUACAGCAGAAAGAAUAUAAUUUAAAACCUUUAAAAGUCUUCCACACUUGGGUAUUUUGAAGCAGAACGAAUCACUUGCUGUUAAUUAAGCAGUAAAGGAAGCAAUAGUUACUGAAGAAUGCAGUCGGCAUCUUUUCACGUUUUCUAAUUACCUAGACUGUAAGCGGAUACUGUGCAGUGUACAGAGCUCAGAGCUAUGCAUAAAGCUAACUCAGAGUGCUAUAUUUCUGUUUUGGAAAACAGCUUCUUCAUAAUAACAUAGCACUGUAAAACCUGAACUUUAUUUGCAUCAGUUAAAAUUUACGAGAUUUUACUAAUAGUACUUUAAAAUUACUCAGGACAUAUUCAAACUUGCACAUGUAUAUACAGUUAGAACUCAUACUGCUGCAGAUCCAAAAAUAUGUAUACACUGUGACUGGAACUGUAUAUGUACAUGUUAAUGUAUAAUUGGUUGUAAAAAAGCAGAAUUAAACAGCUUUCGGUUAUUAUUAAAAUGCAUCCUGGAAGGUAAGUUUAGGAGUAUGAAGCAUUAUUUGUGAGUUGCCAUCACUGACUAUUGGUAGGUCCUGGUAAUCAAACUAUUUGUUGUUGUGGACAAUGAUUAUUAAAACCUGAAGCAACAACACUGUAACACUUUCAUUUCAUGACCUAAAUUACAAAAACAGUAAUGCUUUAUGUUUAGUAUGAUAAAUAAAGACCAUUUUCCACUACUAAUACCAGCCUGCUAUGGUAAGCAUUUCAAAUUUAGGAAAAAAAGAAAAUAGAAAGAAACUGACUAAAAUGGAUCACUUAAAAUUUGAAAGUAUUAUGAUUAUUUUGUUUUUCUUCAGUGAAAACAGAUGUGAAGGUAAAGUUUCAAAGCCGCCUCUCGUCAGAGUGAUACCAGGGUAGGCUUAAAUGUCUUUUGAUAUGUGUAACUCUACCCAAAUGCUGUUAAAAUACCUGUCUCUUGGCACCUUGAAUUAGGAGCCAGGUUUUUAAAAGCAAAACAUUCAGUCAAACCUGUUGAUUCCCAAGCUGGUUUUUACAUCCCUUAUCCCAGCUGUUCCCAGUCUUCCUUGUGCAGUUCCACACUGGAACAAUCUUUUCAACUGUGCACCAUCACUAACAGAGAACUAGCCUUGUCAUCUUUCCCAUGGCCCAUACUUCUACUGCCCUCCAUUCUCUCUCAGGACCUUUCUGUGUAUGUAUUGCCUCCCCGGACUAGGAAGCCAUGUUUUCAUUUCCACUCCAUAGCUUACUUACUUCUUUCUUCACUGUGCCAUUCAGCUUUGCUGACGCUUCCUGAAGGAGAAGGACAAGUCUGGGAACUUGCUGGGUUCCAAUGCAAGUGGAAUAACAUUGUUUGAUGUUGCUGCAAACAUUAAUGGAAGAUUGCUAUUUUCACUUGUCAGUAUUUACCGUGGUGGCAUGUAUGAGUGCUUCCCAGAGGUGGAAAUUGGGUGUUACAUUGCUAUUUCAUUCUGGCAGGGGAACUUUGACCCUAAAUCAUGCUUCAGUACCAGAAAGUCUUUUCGGUCUCUCCUGUCUUGGCCUACUUCUCCCUCACUACACAGCCACAAGAUAAAGAAUUAUCAGAAAUAGCUUUUUAAAUGAAUUUUACAUAGUUGUUUGUAGACCAUUUCCUGAGUCCCACCUCUGUGAAGGGACCAACUUGGCAGAGCAAGAAAUAGCAGGCUGCUUUAUCUGCUGUGCAAAAGCACUUUCUGCAGAUUUUCUACCUGAAAAACCAUUGGUGUUGCCAAGCAUUUUCCCUCAGCAACCAGUGCAGCACCUGACAAGUGAAACUGUCAGGCCACAAUGCAAAUGCUCAUUUACAAGAAGGGCUGAGUGUGCAGGGCUCCCAGAGGCAAGUCAUGUGCCUGGUAUCAGUUUGGAUUUGGAGAACCUACUGGAGAAAAUCACAGUUGGACAGAGAGUUGAGUGAAAAGUAUGAAUAUUUCUAUUUUUCACAAGGAUUUAAAGGAAGACUUGUGCUUGGUUCCUGUCUACAGUACAAAUUAAUUCAGGGAGGACCAGAUGCUCUGGUGGUAUAAAUCUGCCAAUAAGGUGGCUAAUUUGUGUUGGCUAGUUUAUCUGGCCUGUAGCUUUUAAUGUGUAGAUUGCAAAUAACAAAGUAAAGGCUGAUUAAUCACUCAAUUUAAAAUGUCACCAAGUUAAAAGAUAGAGAAAUGCAAGUGUAAGCAUGCAAUUAGGACCGCAGCCCCAGGCCCCACCAGCUUUUCCCACCUUCUUAUAUAUUCUUCAGUGUGAUCCAGAGUGUAAUAAAUGAUCACAACCUAAGGUGAGACUAAGAGGCAUCUUUUAAUAAUAUCAUCACCUGUGAUCUUUAAGUCAGGCUAUGUCUCUUCAGAAGUUUUCAAUAGAAGCUGAGAAGCACGUUGAAAUUAUUGGCUGUUUUCAAGAUGUCCAAACUGCAUCCCUGUAAAAUUUUCCUCAGGCUAUAGAAUUUUCCAUUAAUUUUACUUUCAUAAUAUUGACUCUUGUGAAAGAGUCAUCUCUGGGGCUGGUCGUUUUUCAGAGUUCCUCUGUAUUUGUGCUUGUGGGCUUCAUGUCAGCAAAGUCCUUAAGCUAAAGCUUAACUUUUGUUUUGGGACUAUUUAUACGUUAAAGGAAAUGAUUAUUUGUACUUUGCUGAACUGGGGCCAUUGUUCUUGCCCUCCUCCCUAAAGCUAUGCCUCCAUUUGAGUCAUCAGACCAUUUGGUUCAUAUCCUUGCUUGACCCCAUAACAAUUUUUCAUCUGUAGUCAAGCACCAAAAAAAUACAAUGUACAUAGGUAACA